AUGGCUACAGCAACAAGAGGAGAAGGCGAAGCGACAGUCCAACGCAUAUUACGCAUUACUGACGUUGCACAGGAGUCACUUGAAAUUCUUGCACCCAUAGGUGGUUUUUCGAGAGUACCUCUUGUUUCGCUUGAAAAAGCAGUUGAACCACUUGUUCCUAUUCUACCUGAUGUUCAAAGUCAUGCAUACGCCGCUAAAUUAAAAUGUAAUAAACCUGCCGAUAAUUUAACACCAGACGAAUCUGCUUCGAUUAUGCUUUACACCAUGGCAUGGGAGCCUCCCACGGAAUGCCUCUAUAUGGUCUUGAAUACUAUACUACGAACAAAGGAUCGACAACAAAAACUUGCACCUUGGUAUCUUUAUUUGAGACUUUUUCUAAAUGCAUUGUUUCGUCUUCCAUUGCUUCCUACGAUGGCAUACAGAGGUGUUAGAUUAGACCUAAAAAAUCGCUAUAUCGAAGGAGAAACAAUUGUGUGGUGGGGUUUUUCAUCGUGCACAACAUCUAUGGGUGUACUACAAUCAGACCUAUUCUUGGGUAAAAGUGGUACUAGAACCAUGUUUACCUUACAAUGUAAAUCAGCAAGAGAUAUCCGUAAACAUUCGUUUUUUCCAACGGAAGAUGAAGUGCUUCUUAUGGCUGCAACACAAUUUAAAAUAGUCAGUUCUCUUGAUCAAGGCGAUCUUCAUAUGAUUCUAUUGGAAGAAACUACGCCACCUUUUCCACUCCUACAACCAGUACCCAUUGUUGGUUCAUUACCAAUGAAUUCAAAUCCAUCCGGUGAGUUCGAAAUUAUAAUAAGAGUACAAUGCUUACUUAAUAGAGACAUGAUCGAACAUCGAUAA